AUGAGCGGCGUCCGUCGGUUCAUUUGGAUAAUUCUAGUUGCCACUGUUUUCAUCCUGGCUAUAUCCAGAAACUGGAUGUUAAGGCAUCUAGUGGUACCGAUCGCUUAUUCAGUGACCAAUAGAGCCAGUCAGUCAAUGGAUCCCGAAGAGAUGUACAGGUAUUUUCACUGGACCAACAGCACUUCUUGUUUUUUGGCCGUGGAUUUUGGCUUUUGUGUUGCGACGGGUAUCGGCGUUGCGGCGCCCGACGGACACAAGGCCGUCUGCCUCGACCAGUUCAUCUCGCCCGUCUAUGACAACUGCCUCGUCUACUCAUUUGGAAUUAACAAUCAGUGGACCUUCGACGAAGCCAUGGCCCAGUAUGGAUGUCAAGUUCAUUCCUUCGAUCCGUCCAUGGGCGUCGGCGACUACGACCGGAGUCAACACAUUCAUUUCUACAACCUCGGCCUGUCUGGCAAGAUUGAAGCGCACCCGACCACAAAGUGGAACAUGAAGACGGCCUCGUCCAUCUACGAGAUGCUGGGGCACCAACCGACGCUCAUCGACGUCCUUAAAAUGGACGUCGAGUUCUCCGAAUGGGACGCCAUCCCGCAAAUGUUGCGGUCCGGUUUUCUGGCAGACACAGUCAAACAGCUGGCAGUUGAGAUCCAUUUCAACGCCAACGAUACGCUGGAGACAUUUAGGCGUUAUGCGGGCAUCCUGCAAGACCUGGAAUCAAUCGGGCGAUUCGUUCGUUUCAGUUCGCGGCCUAAUCCAGGGCUCAAAAAACCGGUAUCGAUCCUUGGAGGCAAAGAAGAAUAUAUCGGCAUGGAACUGACUUGGUACAAUUCCAGAUUUUAUUAUUCGGUUGGCAAUUACAGCAAGACACGUUUCUUCCCAUACUUUUAA